AUGACCGAUAACAGCAGUCACAAUAACACUAGCUAUAAUUAUAAUAGUAACAAUGACAACCGGUAUAAAACGAAACGAGAAAACAAUAAUAACGAUACGAAACGGGAUGAAAGUAGCGGAAUAAAUGAUAAUAACUUAACGGUUCUUAGAAGAUUGAAACGAGACGAUAAAAGCGAUCUAGUUGAGAAUUUCGUUAAGAAUAUUUCGGAACCAAAUAACAUUCCGAACGGAUCGUACUGGACUUACAUAGUGGCCGUUAUCAGCUGCUUAAUAAUUUUUAUGGGGCUAUUCGUCAGUGAUUAUUACUAUUGCUAUUAUUAUUAUUUCUUAUUAUUUCCAACGAAAACUCCAAAAUGCAGCAUCGUCCUCAUCUACAUAUUCUUCAUCGACAAAUCAUUCCUAGAGCCACAACUUAAUGACGCAAAGAAUCUUGGAAGCCAAAGAACAGAUGAACUCACAAGGGUGGAAGGAUAUGUUGAAAAUAUGAUUUUCUAUCAGGCUCUUGUGAACAAGCCAAAAAAUGCUAAGAUCAUAGUCAGUGAAAAUAACGUGAGAAAAGAAUUCGAUAAAAAUGAACAGAAAAAAGGGCCGUGGUCAGUUUCAUCAACGAUUAAGUUCGGCAAUAAGAAGGCUUCCAAACAUUCUAAAACCUCCAAAACAACUACCAACACGUUCACCAGCGUUUUCGUCAAUGGGUCAGUAUCCCAUAAGGCCAACAAUUUGAAAAUUUUUCAUCAAAAUGUUGCCGAUAGCGAGAACUUUAAAACUAAUUUUAUCGAUAAAUGCCAAAAAUGGGAUUGCGCUAAAUAA